AUGCUGCGUUUUGUUGGACGUGCCGUGCGCUGCUGGGGGACAAGGAGGGUGCUGCCAGGACCAGAGCAGGCACCCUGGGAGGCCCAGCACCCCAUGGCUGUGCAGAGGGCAUGCCUCUCCAGCGCUGCCGGGACGGGCACCUGGCCCAAGGAUGUGGGCAUCCUGGCAAUGGAGGUAUACUUCCCUGCCCAGUAUGUGGAGCAGGAGGAGCUGGAGCGGUACGACGGUGUGGAGGCCGGCAAGUACACACGGGGCUUGGGCCAGAAGCAGAUGGGCUUCUGUGCUGCCCACGAAGACAUCAACUCCCUGUGCCUGACGGUGGUACAGCGGCUGGUGGAGCGUGGGCGCCUCUCCUGGGAUGCCAUUGGCCGCUUGGAGGUGGGCACCGAGACCGUCAUCGACAAGUCCAAGGCCGUCAAGACCGUCCUCAUGCAGCUAUUCCGGGACUCAGGCAACACUGACGUGGAGGGCAUCGACACUACCAACGCCUGCUAUGGGGGCACAGCCUCGCUCUUCAACGCAGCCUCCUGGGUGGAGUCAAGCGCCUGGGACGGUCGCUACGCUGUGGUGGUGUGUGGGGACAUCGCUGUCUACGCCACAGGGAAUGCUCGGCCCACAGGAGGUGCUGGUGCCAUUGCCAUGCUGGUGGGACCCAACGCCCCGCUGGUGCUGGAGAGAGGCCUGCGGGGAACCCACAUGGAACAUGCCUAUGACUUCUACAAGCCUGACCUGUCCUCUGAGUACCCCGUGGUGGAUGGGCAGCUCUCCAUCCAGUGCUACCUGCGGGCGCUGGACCGCUGCUAUGCUGUGUACCGCCGGAAGGCAGAGAGCCAGUGGCAGCAGGCUGGCAUCCAGCGGCCCUUUACCCUUGAUGACUUCAAGUACAUCAUCUUCCACACCCCCUUCUGCAAGCUGGUGCAGAAGUCGGUGGGGCGGCUGCUGCUGAAUGACUUCCUGGCUGCUCCCAACCCUGACACUGCCACUGGACUCUACAAGGGGCUGCAGUCCUUUCGUGGCCUGAAGCUGGAGGACACCUACACCAGUAAGGACGUGGAGAAGGCAUUCCAGGCAGCCAGCCAGGAGAUCUUCAACCAAAAGACCAAACCCUCCCUGCUCCUCUCCUCCCGCAACGGCAACAUGUACACACCAUCCAUGUAUGGCUGCCUGGCCUCCCUCCUGGCACAGUCCUCAGCACGGGAGCUGGCUGGCUGCCGGAUAGGUGCCUUCUCCUACGGCUCGGGGCUGGCCGCCAGCAUGUUCUCCCUGCGCGUCUCGCAGGACGCGGCCCCGGGCUCAGCCCUGGACAAGCUGAUCUCCAGCCUGGCCGACCUGCCGGCUCGCCUGGACGCUCGCAAGCGAGUGGCCCCGCAGGACUUCGCCGAGAUCAUGAAGCGGCGGGAGGAGACACAUCACCUAGCCAACCACGCUCCCCACGGCUCCCAGGCGGAUCUCUUCCCUGGCACCUGGUACCUGACACGGGUGGAUGGCAAGUACCGCCGGGAGUAUGCCAGGAAGCCCAUCUAGAGGGGACCAGAGUGGUGAGCCCUGGGGAAGGGGAUGCUCCCCUCCUCACCAGCAGCAUUACUCACCCUGAAAUCUGGGACUGGCCUCCGUGGGAAACCUCACCUUGGAUGUCUGGGAAGCAGCCAGUGGCGCUUCAGGCCCCCAAGCUGGCAGAGACUGUGGUAUUUUCUGGACAGACCUGGG